AUGUGUCCAGUUUCUAAUGUUAAAGGUGAAUUGAAAAACGUUCUUGCGAAAAAAUAACCUUCAGAAGAUAUAGAUGAUAUUGCCUGGACAGUAUUUAAAUUAUAAUUUGCAGAUAUACUUUAAUAUAGAAACAUCCAAGAUAUCCUCUGCAAAUUAUCCUCUGCUAUGUAGUAAUAUUAGCCAAAUAUUGGGUCAUAUCCAUUAUCACCUGCAAAAACAAAUGACAAUGAGAAAUUGAUCUUCGCCAAAGCACUUUUUCGUUUAAUAGUGACUAAAGAUGAAUAUGAUGAAUAAUCCACAGAGCAUUAAACUUUUGAUGUGCAAAAUUGA